UCCUUUGAUUUGAUGGCCUUUAUUCAUCUUAAUUGGAUCAAGUAGGAAGUUGCUGGCAGUCCAGCAGUGCUUUGUGGACUGGUUUCUUUCAGUGCUGCUGUGCACUUUAUACACAGCAAAGGCAAAUGAAGAAAGGCAAAAUAAGAAAGUAGAAGGCAUGCGGGAGGUCGGAGGAGGGGAAGAGCAGUUUGUGUGCACCCUCGUGAUGUUGCUCUUGGUCCUCCAAGUCCCUCUGCUAAUGAUAUGGUUUGCAGAGAUGCUCAGAGUGCAAACACCUGCUGCUCUGUAAUGAUUCUGUCUCUCUCUGCUGCUGUUUAAACACAACAGGAUGCUCUGGCUGCCACCUCUGCUGCUGCUGCUGUUGCUGUUUAUGUUGUUGCUACUUCUGUUGCCUGACGAACGUUUUCUGCAUCAAAGCAUACACAGCCAGCUCCAGGUCUCCAGGUGAGAAAGCAACCAUUCACAGUAGGCUAUUGGUUUACAUAAUUCAUUGACUGAUUUCUUUUUUCUGCAGAAUUGGGAUGACUUGAGAACCAAAUGAAGAACUGCAGAUUGACUUUAAGUGGAGUAUUUCCUGACUGCUUUGUUUUCUUGAUUAGGAGGAAAGUGCAGUACUGUGUAUACAGCUUCAAGAUGCUUGAGAAUGCUUCCCUGACACUGGAACUUAAGUUAAAUGCCUCGUAAGGGUGCAUUUCUCAAAACAGAUCAUUUAAAGAUGUCUGAGGGAGUUAGUACCAGUAGUUGUGAAUCUAGCACUCAGCCUUGCCCUGCUUCUACAGGAGUACCAGUAGAGGAGGAUGCUGCUGGUACUGAGGCUGAUGAAGACAGAGUGGCUGGAGCAGCAGGCUUAAUUGCUGCGUGCUGUAUCUGCAUGAGGGUGGACAGGAUGAAGGGCUGUCUGAAGUCUGAGAAGAUUUGCAUCCUUCCCAUUUUGGCCUGCUUGGUAAGUCUCUGUCUGUGCAUUGCAGGGCUUAAGUGGGUCUUUGUGGACAAAAUAUUUGAAUAUGAACCUCCAACCCACCUUGACCCCAAGAGAAUAGGUCAAGAUCCUGUAAUCACUGCAGAUCAAACUGUUUCUACUUGGUCAUCAUCCCCUUUACAUACCUCAGUUUCUAAAGUGUCUAGUCCAGAAUCAAAAGUUGAAUUCAAGACAAAAACUGAAGCUUCACUGAUAGCCUCCAGGCCUUUUAUUCAUCUAACCACUCUUUAUCCUACCUCAACUCAGCCCUUGAUGCCUGCUUUUGCACCUUCUGUGCCAUCAGCUGCACCUCCCUCUCCGCCUAUGGUUAACGAAGCCAGCACCAUGAUUUCCACACAAACUACAGAAACAAGCAUACUUACUGCACCACCGUUUUCAACCAGUACUGCCCCCACAACUGGAACCGGUCACGACAAAAAAUGUAGAGAUGAGGAGAAAAGCUUCUGUGUGAAUGGAGGUGAAUGUUUUGUCAUUGACAGUAUUACUAGUGCUCGCAAGUACAUGUGCAGGUGUCCAACUGAAUUUACUGGUGACCGCUGCCAAAACUACGUAAUGUACCGCUUCUACAAGCAUCUUGGGAUUGAAUUUAUGGAAGCAGAAGAGCUGUACCAGAAAAGAGUGCUGACAAUUACUGGCAUCUGCAUAGCCCUCCUUGUUGUUGGCAUCAUGUGUGUCGUGGCAUACUGCAAAACUAAAAAACAAAGAAAGAAGUUGCAUGAUCGUCUGAGGCAGGGUCUUCGACCAGAGCGCAAUAACCUGGCUAAUGGUCCUCAUCUACCAAAUCCACCUCCUGAAAAUGUUCAGUUAGUAAAUUAUAUCUCAAAAACAACAAUUGCAGCUGAGCACGUAAUUGAGAGGGAAACUGAAACAUCAUUCUCCACAAGUCACUACACAUCAACAACACAGCAUUCUACUACAGUAACUCAAUCUCCCUGUCACAGCUGGAGUAAUGGCCCAUCAGAAAGUCUAGUUUCUGAAAGUCAUUCUGCGCUUAUGUCAUCUGUGGAAAACAAUCAACAUGUGACUCCUUCCCACUAUCGUGUGCGCCUAAAUGGAAUAGGAGGUCCUCGUCAGUUCAGUUACACCAGUAGUACGAGAGCCACCCCAGAGUCUUAUAAAGAUUCUCCCCACAGUGAAAGAUACAUGUCUGCUAUGACUACACCAGCCCGUUUGUCUCCUGUAGAGUACGAAAAUCCACUGUCUCCAAAAUCCCCACCUUCAGAGAUGUCUCCUCCAGUUUCCAGUCUGACUGUUUCUGUUCCCUCUGUGGCAAUCAGUCCAUUCAUAGAGGAAGAGAGACCCCUAAUUUUAGUCACCCCGCCAAGGUUACGUGAGAAGAGGCAUGAUCAAAAUCAGCAUCACCAUGCUUUCCAUCACAAUGCUGCCCAUGAGACCAACAGCCUGCCUUCUAGUCCAACUAGAAUAGUGGAGGAUGAGGAGUAUGAGACCACGCAGGAGUAUGAGCCAGCUCCAGAGCCAACAAAAAAAGUAGUGACAAGCAGUCAAAAAGUGAAACGAACAAAACCCAAUGGCCACAUUGUGCACAGGCCAGAAAAUAACAACAACUCAUGCUCUGUGAGCAAUAGCUCAGAAAGUGAAACAGAAGAUGAAAGAAUAGGUGAAGACACACCAUUCUUAAGCAUACAGAACCCUGUGAUAGUAAACCUUGAAGCAGCAACGACAUACCGAUUGACUGAAAGCAGGACUAACCCAACUAGUAGAUUUUCUACACCAGAAGAAUUACAAGCAAGGGUUUCCAGCGUAGUAAUUAAUCAAGAUCCAAUUGCUGUAUAAAAAGUACAUAGAUUCACUUGUAAAACUUUAUUUUAUAUAAUGAAGUAUUCCUCCUUAAAUUAAACAGUUUAUUUUAUUUUAGCAUUACAGUGACUAUAAAAAAAGAAAAAAAAACUUUUAUAAAUUAAAUAUAUGUAUGUAUAUGUGCCAUAUGUAGCAAUUUUUUUACAGUAUUUCAACAAAGAAAGAUAUCAAUUGUGCCUUUGUGUUCUCCUCCCCUUCAUGUUCCACAUUUAGUCCUUACACUGAUAGCUGAUCUACAGUAUUUCUACUCUUCGUUCAAGUUUUAACUUUUUUUCCUAAUUUCUCUGUAGUGCAUUACAGUUUGGUCUGUAUUUUUUUUUUGGUAGUAAAAGGGAGUAUAUUUAUUUUUGCACAAUAUAACUCCCCUGUAUUCUAUGCAACUAAAUAGUCAUAAUAGUAGAGUUUUAUUUCAAUGGUAAAGCAGAUUUUCUAGUCCUAUAGAGAGAGAGAGAGCAUCUUCCUAUUGCUUUCUUUAUUGUACGUCUCAUAGUGAAAUGUUUCUUUUUUAGGGCUUACUGUACUUUAAUGUUUUGGGAAACUGUUCUGAGACUUGCGUUUACUUAAUUGUAAGGUGAUUACUAGAACGGUCAGGACAUUGUGACUACACUAAUGAUAUUACAGGUCAGAAACUAAUGCUAAGUAGUAAAGGUGCAAUAAUUGUCAGUGUUCAUAAAACUGAUCCAUUUUCUCAGUAUUUUGUUUUUAGUCUGUGCAUGUUGCAAAGAAAAUUAAUGUUUCAUAUACUUCAUGGAGUAACAUAGUUAUGACUAUAGAAGCAAACUUACCAAAAUGCAUGCUUCAUCAGUGUAUAUCAAAGCUUGUGAUUUUUGGGCUCCAUAUAUUUGAUGACAGUCUACUUCACUAAUGGUAAAUUUGCUUAGGUUAACAGGGCAGAAGCACCAUAUAGCAAAUGCUUGCUGCAGCAGUUAGGAUCAGCCAUGGCAUGUAGUGGUGGAUGAAUGUAUACAUGAACUGAUAAGUGAUCUACAAAACAAAGCUUGUAUGACUGAAAAUUGUAACUACUGUAAAUUUUUUUGCUGGCAUUAUUGCACCUUUACAGACUGUUUCAGCCAGCCAUCCAUCCUCAAUACGCAGUUUAUUCAGGUUUAGGGACACGGUCUUUAAGAGCGGAUUUCAUCAAGCAGUAAGCUUAAAAUAUCGUCCUCUUUAAGGAAGUCCUGUCUAAUGUGAUUGAAUUGUUCUGCCAUCCCUCAUUUAAUUUUCAUCAGUUAUAUUUAGUGUGAAACUAACAUUCUCUGCACAUUUUGAAAGAUCAGAAAUGUCUGGUCUAAUAUGUCCAGGUGUAGCAGGAAACAUGGCAAAUGUCAUCUGUUUUUGUGGGGUUUUUUGUUUUUGUUUGAGGUUUUAUGCCACUUGUGCAGUGCAGCAUCAAAUUGUCAGGUAAAAACAAAAAUAAUGUAUUAUAGCUGCUUUGUUUCUUUUACCCUUUAUCAAUAUGCUUUGAAUCUUAAACAAAAAUAAACCUAUAUAAGGCUUUUUUUAGUCUGUCACUGUUUGCAUAAUAUGAGAAUCAUAUUAUUUUUCUAUUUUAUUCACUCUACUGCAUCACCCUACAUGCUUCUACCCCUGUGCCCGCGUCCAUCUCCUGAGUCUGCAAGCUUCUACUUAACUUCCCUCUGCUUACUAGAUUGAAGUUGGGGCUGGUUGUUGAACUUAAGGGUGUCCAGAAGGGUUCUCCUUUUGCCUUACACUGGGAAUAAUUAAUUAUUUUAUGACCCAUACCCCCCAUAGGUUGCAUGGACUCACCUGAGAGGCAGGUGUGCAAUAGAAACAUGCAUUGUUUCACUCCAUCUUGUCAGCAGAUCAGUCAUGUCUACCCCCUUUCUCCCCUCUUAGUAUUGUGCCUCUUUUAUCAAUGUCUCCAGCCUUCACCAGGGAUCAUUGACUGGAAUGACCAUACAACCACCCCCCACCACCACCCCCCACUCCACUCUACACACACACAGACAUGCCCAUUCCUGCCUGCUGUUAAGCCCUUUAGCCACUAAUCGAACCAGUGUCUUUAGGACUGUAGUCAGAGUUUUAUCUGUAUAUACCACUGAAGCAGAUUAUGGGAUAUUCAGUCAAGGUCAGCUUUUCUCAGUUGUUUCUGAUAACAGCUAGGGCAAUAUCUCCUCACUGCCUUCAAAAUUGUAGAAUGGUUAUCCAGAUCCUCUUUGAAGGCAUGAGAAAGCCAUUAUCCACAACUUUUGCAAACACCAUUGGCAUAUAGGCCUUCAUUUUGCUGUUUGCUGCUACUCUGGUAUUCCUAGUCCUGUGUGUGUUUGUGUGUAAGUAAAUUUAGGGCAAAUUUGAUGAGCCCCCCAGUCCCCAAUUAGCUUUGCAUAGAAAGCUUCCAACUUUAUCUCAACAGUGUUACUCACUUCUGGUGUCUUCCACUAGCUCCUUGUGUUACUACCAUGGAAGGCACUUGACUAUAGUCACAGCUUCUUGUUGCUUCCUCAUCUGCUAAAAUCUUGAAGAGGGUCCAUCCAGACUAACCUCCCCUGGUAUUUGGAGAAAGCUCUUCAUGAAAUGGCUGUUGCAAAUGCUUCUAUGCAAGAUAAAUUCAAGGCAUUUCUACUCCGCACCUUUAGGUUUCAGGGGGCUGACUUGCUGUUGGCUUGACCUUCUGAUGCAGCUUUCCUUUUUCUAGUGAUCCAUUAAUAAUGUAGUUCUUCUUCAUGUUAGUGUCCAGAACAUGAGGCCUUAACUCUGAUAACACAGCUGUAAAUGCAGUCUUUGAAAUCAGUCAUUGACUUCUGGCUAAAGAUGCUGUUGCACCAUGCUCACCAACAGGAACACAGGAAUAAUACUAGGUAAAUGAUCACAAUGAUAAGAUGUCUAGCCAUAUACACCUUUAAGAAAACAAACUUGAAAGAUAGUCACCCUUGUCAAGCACUUAACACUGAUUGCCUUCUAAGUUGUGUAGGGUCUUACAUGAUAAGCGUGGUGUACAUUUAUGUCUACCCAUCCAGUCAUCAAAACUAGUCUUAAAGGCAGACAAGACAUUACUUUGACCUGCAGUGACAAUUUAUUCCAUAGGCUAGGAAUAUGCUGCAUUAAGAAACUAUCCCAACAACAAGCCUUUUUAAUGUUUUAGUGUAAAUUUAGAUCUUUAGGGCAGGUGUUUAUGAGACACUAGUUCUGCAAACAAAUAGGUCAAAUAAGAUUGGGUCUUUCAGGGCUCGAAAAGCUAAACAUAGGUCACCUCAGAGCACAUGGUAAGCUACUGAGUGUAAACAAAGUUGUACUAACCUUUUGGGAUAGUUGAAAGAGUUAAGACCUUUAAUUUUCUUGGUUAAAAAGCUUUGGGGCUUUUCCAGUUGAUCAUUGUUCUUGGAUUUAUAUGUACCAAAGGAUACACUUUAUUUGAUGGUGUGCCUGAUAAGAAUGACUUAUAUGGCUGUUAAACUUGUAUUCCCUUGGUAAUUAACUCUGCAGAUAAAUAUUUUUUGACUAUGGUAGAAAUAUGAUGUCAAAUGAUAAAAAGUUGUGCACACAAAUAUCCAGACUUCUGACCUUCUGUCUGAAGAUCAGUUCCAUUUGUAACAUAAGAGGUGGUAGCCACUUUUUUUUGCCAAAUGCUUCUAUGCUGCAAAAUUUUUGCAUUUAAGUUUAGACCAUUUUUUGUACACCAGGUAUGUGCAUAUUCCAACCAUUGUUGAAGCUGUUUAGUAUCUGUGGAUAAACAGUUUACACUAACCAGCUUGCAGUCAUCAGCAAACUUGGUCAACCAGUUUUCUGGGAUACUGGCUUGGAAGUCUGCAAAGAGGAAGGUCCAUCAUGGAUCCCUGCAGCACCUCACUUGGUUGUUACAAUUUUACAUCUGGAGUGUGUGCCAGCAACAGUUUUACAUUCAAAGUUUACCAGAACCUUGUCCUAAAAUGUGAUGCUGAUUAUAAUAAUCCUUGAGUAUCACAGGAAUCCAAUAUAAUUUCAUUGUCUGAGUUUAUUUCAUGCAACCCAUCCCUUUCAGCCACACCACUCGGAUAUCACAUCAUUCUUCAGGUGAAUAAUGAAGUAUCUUAGUUGAAGUAUGGAAUCACUAGAAGAUUUCUUGUGAAGCACCAGAAUGC